CGCUGAACUCAGUCUAAUUUACAAGCGCUUACACCGUUAAACAAAUCAAAGCAGAAGAUUCCUCAUUACAGGUUCAGAUUUGAAGAUUGUUUUGUUUCGUGCAGUUGAUUUGAAAUACAUAGUAAUGCAGCACGUGAUGGCUGACCGAGAACGGUGUUCAGUGAACUUGCUCACAUCAAAGAAAACCGGUGUCAAACAGCAUAUUAGAUCCUCACAAACAAAUAUGUCCCGCCAAUCUGAAGUUAAAUUUGAUGAAGUUGCUGUGUAUUUCUCGGAAGAUGAAUGGCAGUAUUUAGAUAAAGGGCAAAAAGAGCUUUACAAGGAUGUGAUGAUGGAAAAUUACCAGAACUUCUGCUCUCUAGGUUAUCUCAUUGAAAAGCCAGUAAUUAUCUCAGACAUUGAGACAGGAGGGAAGAUGUGUGUAGGGAGAUGCCAAGACUACAAUGUGAAAGCAGAUUAUAUUGAAGAAAAACAUUUUACUUGUCAACAGGGGAAUGUUGUCAAAGACAUUUCAGAUACUGAUCACAAAGGAAAACUGCUAAGUAACUUCAAUUUAUUUGAAGAAGAAUCUUUGAAAGCCACCCGCAUAUAUAACUUAAGGAAACCUAAAGAUACUCCAGAUUAUAAUGAAAACCAUUUUAAACCAAAUACUGAUGAUGAUGAUGAUGUGAAAUUUUUGGAGGAUAAUGAUAUUUCUAAUUCAGAAUUAAAAUAUACGUCUAAUCAAAAACUACCAAAAAAGCGCAGACAAAGAAUAAGAAAUCCUACAAUUAGUCAUGACUCUGAAGAUAUUAAUGAAGAACAUGAAGAAAAGAAGCCGCUUGCUUGUACUGAAUGUGGAAAGAUCUAUGUUAAGAAAGCAUUUCUGGUAAAACAUCAGAAGAAGCACAAAGGAAGCCCCCUCCACGAGUGUUCUGAGUGUGGGAAAUGCUUUUCUCAGAGCUUUCACCUUGUUAGACACAAAAGAUGUCAUGCUGUAGAGAAGCCCUUUCCCUGUAAUGAAUGUGAUAAAUGCUUUUCUGAUAGUUCAACAUUGUUGAAACACCAGCGAAUACACUCUGGGACUAAGCCAUUUGAAUGUGCAGAAUGUGGGAAAUGCUUUACAAUCAGCACAUACCUUAUUGUACAUCAGAGAACGCACACAGGUGAAAAACCGUACAAGUGUACUGAAUGUGGGAAAAGCUUCAGCCAAAGCUCAUCCCUUAUUAUACACCAGAGAAUUCACACAGGGGAAAAGCCAUAUGCCUGCACUGUAUGUAGGAAAAGCUUUAAUCACCAUUCACAUCUUAUUACUCACAGAAGGAUCCAUACAGGAGAGAGACCAUUUGCAUGCAAUUAUUGUGAUCGAAAAUUCAAUCACAGUUCACAUUUGGUAUCACACAGGAGAACUCAUACAGGAGAGAAACCAUAUGGUUGCACAGAAUGUGAGAGAGCUUAUGCUCAGAGACAGCAACUGGUUAGACAUCUGAAGGGUCAUGCAGAAGAGGAAGCUGAUUAAAAUCAUGUUACAAAUUAGUAGGACACCAUCAUUUUUAUUUUGUAUAACUCAAUAGCUGAGAUUCAUUAACUCCUGAUUUAGCAUAUCCUAACAGUUAUUCAUAUUUAUAUCAGCAAUCAUUGGUGUAUUAUUUAUUGGUACAGACUCCAGCCUUCUGCUUUUUUCACCAUUUUUUUUUCUUUCUGAUGUAUGUCACUGAUGUCUCAUGCCAUAUUGACAUGUGGGUUUUUUAUUUAAAAAUACAUUAAUGUAAUGUAAUUUUGUUAACUCUAAACUGAGGGGAUUUUUUUGAACAUGAAUAAAAUCUUGACAAAAACACAUUUUAUAGCAUUACAAAUAAACUAUUUUAAAAUGUCUGAUCCAUUUUUUGUAUACAUUGACAAUUAAAAGAAUAAAAGUAAAUCAAGAACAUA